ACAGACGAUUAAAACCCGCGCGCCGCCGCUCGCCGCCGCUCCCAACAACCACCGUCUAGGGUUUCUCUCUUCCGCUUCCAGCUCGUGUCCAUGGCGACUCCGUUGCAGUCUCGCGCCCUGAACCCUUCCUUCGCCAACCUCAAGUCCUUCCACAAGCCUCGCCGCCACUUCCUUCACCGUCCCCACGACCUCAAGCUCGCGCCACCGUCGCCCGGCGGGAGCAGCUCCAAGCUCUCGGCGAGCACCGGCCUCGCCUCCCUGGCGGCUAGGAAAGCCGCCGCGGCUCCGGCUCCGCGCGCCGCCGCGGAUGCCGCCGGCGAGCCCGCCACGUCCUUCCACGGCCUCUGCUACGUCGUCGGGGACAACAUCGACACCGACCAGAUCAUCCCCGCCGAGUACCUCACCUUGGUCCCUUCGAACCCCGCCGAGUACGAGAAGCUCGGGUCCUACGCGCUGAUCGGCCUCCCUUCGACCUACGAGACUCGGUUCAUCGACCCCGACGAGACGAAGACCAAGUACAAGAUCGUCAUCGGGGGAGCGAACUUCGGGUGCGGAUCCUCGCGCGAGCACGCGCCCGUGGCGCUCGGAGCGGCGGGAGUCGUGGCGGUGGUGGCGGAGUCGUACGCCCGGAUAUUCUUCAGGAACUCGGUGUCGACCGGGGAGGUCUAUCCGCUGGAGACGGAUGUGAGGAUUUGUGAGGAGUGCAGGACGGGCGAUACCGUGACGAUCGAGCUGGCGGAGAGCAAGCUGAUUAACCACACCACCGGGAAGGAGUACGAGCUGAAGCCGAUCGGCGAUGCAGGGCCGGUGAUCGAGGCCGGCGGGAUCUUCGCGUACGCGAGGAAGACGGGGAUGAUCCCGUCCCAAGCGGCUUGAGCACUUGCAUUGAGGACUUGUCUUGUUGCACUUAAUCUACCUAGUUAGCUGUUUUGGCUGGGUUGUUUUCUGUCAUCAUGGCUUGUAUGUUUGUCGGAAUAAGAAGAUGAUAUUUGCCGUUUUCCCAGUUUGAGUUGCAGGACCUUCUUCAUCUUCCCCUCCUAUUUCUGUUUAUGGUCAUCUUUCUUGCUGGUCUUACUCUAUCAGUCCAAAUCGUCUGAUAUGGGCUAUCAGCCGGAACUAGAUCUUUAGUUGAGGAUAUGGAGACCAAUGUUUCCUCUUCCAGGGUUAUCGCCGUGUUUAAGUCUCUUGAUUUUCCAAGCUGUUUGUUAGCUCGCAAUGUAAUUGUUUGGAAGUCGAGAAAUAUAUUAACUUUGAGGGGUCAACCCUUUCGUGAA